GGGGUCGCGCGCUAUCAGGCUGUGGUGAUACACAGUGCGUCAGUCGCAGAGUGAGCUCGAGCUUGUAACGGUUUAACAGUAGCGUUGCAAGGAGACGAACAUAAAAUAAACCAAAGAUGUUAACUUUUUCCGUUCUUGUACUCGUGCUGUCGGUUUUAACCGCAUCAUCGACGCGCGUUACGCGCAGCUGUGGUGAAUGUGUCCCGGAGAAGUGCGCGCCACUGCCUGCUGAUGGCUGCACUGCCGGUACCGUGAUGGACUCGUGCGGCUGCUGCUCCGUUUGCGCCGCGGGCCCGGGAGAUGCCUGCGGGGGCCGAGGAUCAUCCGCCAAGCGCUGCGCGCCCGGUCUCGAGUGUGUGAAGAGUGACACAGACAAGAAGAGUAAAUUGGGCACGUGCGUGUGCAAAAGCAACUACCCGGUAUGUGGCACCGACGGUAUUAACUACGUGACUGGCUGUGACCUCCGCGCCGCGAGCCAGAAGGCAGUGAAGGACGGGAAGCCCGAGAUCGCCGUGCAGAACAAGGGCAUGUGCGCACAGGCCCCUGUGAUCGUGACAGCUCCAGGUGAAGUGUGGAAUGUGACCGGCUCUCAGGUGUACCUGAGCUGUGAGGCCAUCGGCGUCCCCACACCUGUGGUCACCUGGAAGAAGAUUGUGCCCGGCAAGGGCAGGACUGAGCUGUUGCCUGGUGACCGUGACAACCUGGCUAUCCAGACCCGCGGGGGCCCUGAGAAACACGAGGUCACCGGAUGGGUUCUGAUCUCCCCCCUGACGAAGCAGGAGGCCGGAGUGUAUGAGUGUCAUGCAAAUAACCUGCGUGGGGAAGCCUUCUCCACCGGAACCAUCCACGUGGUCGACUCCGAGGACGACAUCCCCGCCGCAACCAAGGUGACCAAAGACGACGAGCUGUGAUGAGGCCCUCAGCUUGUGUCCCCAUCAGAUGCACACACAUACACGCGCCACAUCAUGGGACAUUCCACUUCAUUUAUUCAAAUGCAUCAAAGUAUGACCACCUUUUGAUCUCAAUCAGCAUACACGCACACACACACAUACGCACACACACCUAUCUCUCGACCCCUAGCUUUUUCAGAGGAACUUCAAACAUGAGUUUGAUGUGUGUUUUGAUUGUUUCUGAUAUCAAACUGUUUUUCAUUCUUGUCCCGUGUGUUCCACGGUCACUCAAGUGCCUCAUGAAUUUAAUUUGGACAUAGAGUGUUUGUGAAGAAAUACUGUAUAUGGAUAAGCUCCUCCCUUUUAGCUUACCCUCACACACACAGGCUUUCACAGUCCACACACACCAACAGCUAGGGCACCACAGAGCCAAACACACAUACUCUAAUCCCCCAGUGUGUGUGUGUGUGUGUGUGUGUGCGGUGGUGCGUGUGUGUAUAAAAGCUAGGUCACUUUAAGAGGAUUUCUGUGGAAUGUUGUUCGUUCGUUGGGUGCUAUUUCUUCAAUAUGCGUGCAGAGGCCCCCUCCCGCCGGGCCGGACAGGGCCGUAUACUCAGUAAUGGACGACAGAGGUAGUAUAGUACAGUAGUGUUUAUUAGGAUGUAGUAUGCGGAUGUAGCAUGGGAGUAUGUUAGUAUGGGAGUGUGAAGGCUGUAGACUUCUUCCUGUGUUUACACUUGCUGGCCUGUUUGUAUUCACACUGUGUACCACUAAUAAAUAAAU